AUGGCUGACUACGAGAAUGAUUCUAGCCGCUAUGCGGACGAGCCCCGUUACGACCGCGAUCGCAGCGCCUCCCCUCGCGAUGAGCCCCGAGCCGACCGCGACCGCGCUCGCAGCCGUUCACCCAACGGCCGCUCCGAUGAUAGAGCUCCUCCCGCUCGCAAGCCUAUUGAGGAAGAGGAUGAAGGUGCCCUCAACAGCGGUUCCAACCUCUUUGUCACUGGAAUUCACCCUCGUUUGACUGAAUCUGAUAUCUCCCGUCUCUUUGAGAAGUACGGCGAUGUUGACAACUGCUCAAUCAUGUUGGACCCUCACACUAAGGAGUCUCGUGGAUUUGGUUUCGUGAACAUGGUCACUGCCGAGCAGGCUGACGCCGCUAAGGAGGGUCUUCAGGGUGAAGUCAUUGAGGGUCGCACUUUGAGCAUCGAGAAGGCUCGCCGUGCCCGUCCCCGUACCCCUACCCCCGGCAAAUACUUCGGUCCCCCCAAGCGUGAUGGCCCUGGUCCUCCCGGUGGUGGUCGCGGAGGUGGCCCUCGCCGUGAUCGUUACGAUGAUCGCCGCGGUCCCUCCGGUGGCGGCGGUGGCUGGCGCCGUCGCGAUGACGACUACUCUCGCUACGGUCGUUAUGACUCUUACAAUGAUCGCCGCGAAUAUGGCCGUGACUACGGCCGUGACUACGGACGUCGUGACUACGGAGGUGGUGGCGGCGGUGGCCGUGACUAUGGCCGUCGUGAAUCUCGUGAUGACUACGGUGGUUACCGCGGUGGAGGUGGUGGUGGUGACCGCUAUGGUGGUCGCGAUGACCGCUACAGCCGUGAUGACCGCCGCGGCGGCGGCGAUGAGCCCCGUGGUGGAGGUGGUGCCGGUAACGGUGGCUACUAUGAUCGCGACGCCAACCCUCCUAGCUUUGACGCUGCUGGUCCUCCCCGUGAGGCUCGUGACCCUUACGCUGGCGGUGCUGGACGUUCUUACGAAGGCCAGGCACGCAGCAGCACUGGCGGCGGCGGCGGUGGCGGCGAGGAUCGUUACGCCGGCAGGUAA